GCUCUCCGAAGAUAAAUACCGUCUCUGGCAUCUUCUCUGAGAAUUUUCCAGUUCCUUGAUACUCCUGUUCUGCAUUUUUCAAGCCAUUUUCUCCCAUCGUUAACCGACAGCGCCUUAUCUUAUCCCCCGCAUUCCAGCAAUGAAAGAACCACAGCCCCCCAUAGGCCACCACUCCCUACCAACAAGCACAAUACCAACAACACUAAGACCCAUCCGAUUUAUCGUCUUCGGGGCUGGCUCACGCGGGACUGCCUACGGCCAGGCCGUCACAACCGCAACAACCGGCCACAUCCACGCUGUCGCAGAACCACACCCUUUCAAACGACGGGAAUUCGGCCGCAACUUUAUCUGGGGUGAUGGAAAACCAAAAGAUGGACAGGAAUUUGAGGACUGGAGGCAUUGGGUGAAGUGGGAGGUGAAGAGGCGCAACAGCGGCAGCGAUAGUGCCACGGCUGAAGGAAUAGAUGGAGUCUUUAUCUGCACGCUAGAUGACCAGCAUAUUGAGAUCCUCCAUGCUAUUUCGCAAUUCAAGGAUCUGCAUAUACUUUGCGAGAAGCCGCUAGCGCUGUCACUUCAGGAUUGUCUCUCUGCCUACCGCUCGCUCAAACCUAUUACAGACGGUGGUGACAGGAGCACUAUUUUCUCAAUCGGUCAUGUUUUACGUUACAGUCCGCAUAACAUUCUCCUCCGCCAACUGCUUCUCAUCGACCGGGUGAUUGGGGAUAUAGUCUCACUCGAACACUGCGAACCUGUUGGGUGGUGGCAUUUCUCGCAUAGUUAUGUCCGCGGGAAUUGGCGACGAGAAACUGCCAAUGGGGACGGGUCGUUGUUGACCAAGUCGUGUCAUGAUAUUGAUUUUAUUCUUUGGUUGCUUUGCUCGCCGCCUGGUACGCCUAAUUCUGCGUCGAAAUUGGCAUAUCACCAUCCCCGGACAAUUACUUCCACUGGUUCAUUAACGCAGUUCAAUCCCCGUCGUAAACCAGCCAAAGCUGGCACUGCGACGAAUUGUCUCUCGUGCCCGGCAGAGCGAGAAUGUAAUUACAGCGCCCUUAAAAUCUACCGUGACAUGCAUCUCUCCCGCAGCGAUAUCGAUUGGCCGGUGAACAUCGUCUGUCCAGACAUUGAAGAUACCUAUUGUACCUCCGGGUCAGAUGCAGCAGAUAAAGCUCUCCUAUCUCGAUUAGGACAAGACUACAACAAAAAUACAGACAGCGAUGGCCAAAUCGCCUCGAAAACAUGGUACGGCCGCUGCGUCUAUGAAUCCGAUAACAACGUCUGCGACGACCAAGUCGUCACCAUCACCUGGGGUGACGAACCCUCCUCGCCAUCCACCGGCCCAAUGAACACCAAAACAGCACUCUUCCACAUGAUUGCCCCCACCGAAAAACAAUGCCAACGCCGCGGCCGCGUCUACGGCACCCAUGGCGAAAUCUCUUACGACAGCCGCACAAUCACCAUCUACGACUUUGCAACCCAGUCCGAGUCCGUAAUCGAAGUUCCCCGUCAACCACCAGAGGAGGAGAAAGCGCAUGGGGGCGGGGACUAUGGCCUUGCCAGGAGUUUUGUGCAGGCUGUUGAUGCGGUUGUUCAUCAGGGAUGGGAUGUUGGGGAAGCGCAGGUGAGAUUUGUUGGGUGUACGCUUGAAGAGGUGGUUAGAAGUCAUGCGGUUGUUUUUGCGGCUGAGGAGGCGAGGAGGGAGGAGAGGGUUGUUAGGUGGAAGGAGUGGUGGGGGGAGAAGUUUGCUUCGACGGAGUAGCUUUUUGAUAUCUAAGGGAUAACGAAAAAUUUAAUGAUGUGAUGA